GACCCAAGUACCGAGCCGCCACCACAGCCCAGCGCAGUCCGUCCGCCAUGCGCGCGCUGCUACCGCUGCUGAGCGUCUGCCGAGGGUGGCGCGUGGGGGCCGCCGCCCGCCCUCCGCGUCGCGUCAUGUCCCUGUACCGCACGGAGGAGCGCGGCCAUCCCCACUCGGAGGACUACCGCCUGUUCUUCAAGAAUGUAGCUGGUCACUACAUUUCCCCUUUCCAUGACAUUCCUCUGAAGGUGGAUUCUCCUAAGGAAAAUGGCAUUCCCAGAAAGAAAGCACGAAAUGAUGAAUAUAAGAAUUUGUUUAAUAUGGUUGUGGAAAUACCUCGGUGGACAAAUGCCAAAAUGGAGAUUGCCACCGAGGAGCCACUGAAUCCCAUUAAGCAAGAUGUAAAGUCUGGAAAGCUACGCUUUGUACCAAAUCUCUUCCCUUACAAGGGCUAUAUAUGGAAUUACGGGGCCUUCCCUCAGACCUGGGAAGAUCCGUGUCAGAAGGAUAAGAACACAGACUUCUAUGGAGAUAACGACCCUGUUGACAUUUGUGAAAUAGGCUCCAAGGUUUUUUCCCGUGGAGAUGUGAUCCAGGUGAAGAUCCUUGGGGCUUUGGCACUUAUCGAUCAGGGUGUCACAGAUUGGAAAAUCAUUACUAUCAAUGUGAAUGAUCCUGACGCCGAAAAAUUUCAUGAUAUAGGUGAUGUUAAGAAGUUCAAACCAGGUUACCUGGAAGCCACUGUUAAUUGGUUGAGACUUUAUAAGAUACCAGACGGAAAACCAGAAAACAAGUUUGCUUUUAAUGGAGAAUUCAAAAACAAGGCUUUCGCUCUUGAAGUUGUUAACAACGCACAUGAAUGUUGGAAAGCAAUGCUCAUGAAGAAAUGUGACAGCGGAACUGUCAACUGCACAAAUGUGUGUGUAUCUGAUAGCCCUUUCCGUUGCACACCAGAGGAAGCAAGAUCAUUAGUUGAAUCGGUCCCAACACUUUCAAUGAGUAAAGAAGGCAAUAUAGAAGAAGAACGUUGGUACUUCCUCGACUGACAGGUCACUGGAGGUUCUGCAUCAAGAUGUCAACCUCUGAGGACCCCAAGGCUCCUUUUCCCUUAGUGCUCUUAGAUACAAGCUGAUUUCCAUUUGAUGACUUCCUGUCAAAACAUCAUUGUUCUAAAACUUUUGAAUAAACUUGUAAAUAAACACUUA